AUGUCCACCUUCCAACAUCGAGUUCUAUUACUUGGCUCCGGCUUUGUUGCUGGCACCACAUUGGAAAGCCUCACUCGUGAUGGCUUGAACAUUUUCGUUACUGUGGCUUCCCGUACAUUAGCCAAAGCCAAGGAAAUGUGCGAACAGUAUGCUCAUGAGCCUUCCAUUCGUACUGCUCAGGUUGCUCUCGAUAUUGAGAAUGAACAGGAUAAACUCUCCGAGUUGGUCUCUCAACACGAUUUGGCCAUUUCAUUGGUUCCCUAUUCGUAUCAUGUCUUGGUGGCUAAAGCUUGUUUGCAACAUCAAAAGAAUAUGGUCACAACUUCCUACAUUUCACCUGCUUUACGGGAAUUGGAUCAGCAAUUUAAGGAUUUGGGAUUGGCCUGUAUGAAUGAAAUUGGUGUUGAUCCUGGUAUAGAUCACAUGAUUGCCACCAAGAUUGUUCAUGAAGAACAAGAUUUGAAGGGUGGAAAGAUUAAGAGUUUUUAUAGUUGGUGUGGAGGUUUGCCACAUCCUGAUCACAUUGAUAAUCCAAUGAAGUACAAAUUCUCUUGGUCUCCAAGAGGAGUGUUGAUGGCUUUGCAAAAUACUGCCAAAUGGUAUGAACAUGGUCAACUUCAACAAGUAGAGGCAUCUAAAUUGUUGUCUUCGAGAAGAGAAUUGAAAUUGGAUGAUAAGAUCCCAACCUUUGAAGGUUAUCCAAAUCGUGACUCGACUCCAUUUAAGGAACAUUACAAUUUGAAAUAUGCUGAUGAUGUGUUGAGAGGAACUUUGAGAUAUAAGGGUAAUUGUGAGGUUGUUGAAUUCUUUAUUGGUGCUGGUCUUGUUGAUUUGACUCCAAGACCAGAAUUUAAGGACAAGCAAUGGAGAGAAAUUAUACAAACACUUCUUUCUGCAAACAGCACCGAAGAGAGUGAACUUGAACGUGCUCUUUUGAAAAAAUUGAAUUUGGAUGCAAAUUCUGAAAAGGCCAAGACUGCUCUCCAUGCAUUCAAAUUCUAUGAUUUAUUCAGUGACAAGGUUGCUCCAUUUAAGGGAAAUGUUUUGGAUACCUUCUCUCAAACCUUAUUAGAAAUGAUGGAAUACAAAGAAGGAGAAAAAGACAUGCUCUUCAUGUACAAUAAGUUCGUCAUUGAAACUGCAGAAGGAAAGAAGAGAACAAUUGUUGCUAAAUUGGUUGAUUUUGGAGAUGAAAGAGGUUUUGCAAUGGCCAAGACUGUUGGUUAUCCAUGUGCCAUUGCCACCAAGAAAAUUUUGAGUGGUGAAAUUUCCAAUAAGGGAGUUUUUGGACCCUACGAUUACAACAUGAACCAAAGUAUUAUGAAGGAAUUGGAAGAAGUUGAGCGUAUUCAUGUUCAAUAUGAAGUCUCUGAGGAAUAA